AUGGCGGAGAAGCAGGAGGUCUCAUCCGGCGGCAGCACGGCGCCGCUGUGCGCGAACGGCUGCGGUUUCUUCGGCCACGCCGCGACAGAGAACUUCUGCUCCAAGUGCUACAAGGAGCACCUGAUGAAGACCGGCGACGCUGCCGCUCCUGUCUUCGAGAAGAAGAUCGAGGCCGACAAGAUCGCCCUCGCGAAAGCCGCGCAAGAGAAGGAGCCGCCGACGAGUCAGGAUCCUGCUGCCGCCGCCGCCGCCGUGGUGGCCACGGCGCCAGCAGUGGAGAAGAACGGUUGCGCGGAGACGGAGAAGCAGGAGGCCUCCGGCGGCGGCGCCGCGACCAUGUGCGCGAGCGGCUGCGGGUUCUUCGGGUCCGCGGCGACCAAGAACCUGUGCUCCAGUUGCUACAAGGAUUACCUCAAAACCGUCCACGCCGCUCCUACCGCGGAGGCCAAGAUCAAGGCCGACAAAGUUGCUAUCACCCCGGUGAUCGCGGCCGCCGACGCUGCUCCUGUCGCCGAGAAGGAGAACCAGGCCGACAGGGUCGCGCCCGAGCAGCCGACGAGUCAAGACUCUGCUGCCGCCGCCGCCUCUGUGACUGCACCCGCCAUGGCGCCGGCAGUGAAGAUGGGCGGCUGUGCGGAGACAGAGAAGCAGGAAGCCUCCGGCAGUGCCGCCGUCGUGACCAUGUGCGCGAACGGUUGUGGGUUCUUCGGGUUGGCGACGACCAAGAACCUGUGCUCCAGUUGCUACAAGGAUUUCCACGAAACCAUCCACGCCGCCCCUGCCGUGGAGGACAAGAUCAAGGCGGACAAAGCCGCCCUUGAAACGGUCGUCGCGCCUGAGCAGUCGACGGUCCAGAUUUCUGCUGCCACAACUGCCGACCUGGCGGUCGAGGCGCCGGCGGUGAAGGCUGCGCCGAACAGGUGCUCAACGUGCCGCAAGAAGGUAGGCCUGCUCGGGUUCCCCUGCCGCUGUGGCGGCACGUUCUGCUCGCUGCACCGCUACGCGGAUAAGCACGCCUGCGACUUCGACUUCAAGACGGCCGACCGGGAGAAGAUCGCCAAGAACAACCCGCUCGUCGUACCCUCCAAGAUCACAAAGAUCUGA